AUCUUAACAACAUGUUAAAGGCUAAAAAAUACGAUUGGAAGGACAGCAAUCUGGCACUUUUCGGAAGUGACACUGAAAAGAAAGUCAAGAAGGAAGCUGCAGAGACAGAGGAAGCCUGGAUAGGCUGCGGUCAGAGAGUCGGGUUAAGCAUAUGGCGUAUUGUUCAGUUCAAAGUGCAAACGUGGCCGGAGAAUGAGUAUGGAACGUUCUACAGCGGUGACAGCUACAUUGUCCUCCAUACCUACAUCAAACCGGGAGAGGACAAGCUGAGGUAUGAUCUGCACUUCUGGAUAGGAAAGUACUCGACUCAGGACGAAUAUGGGACAGCUGCUUACAAGACUGUGGAGCUGGACUGUUUACUUAGCGACGAAGCAGUGCAGCACAGGGAGACACAAGGUAACGAGAGUUCUCUCUUCAAAUCCUACUUUCCCAGCGUUACAAUCCGUAAAGGAGGCGCUAAAAGCGGAUUCAGACAUGUGGAGGAGGCAAAAGCUGAACCCAAACUUUACCACUUCUCCAACGAUUGUAAAACUGUCAAGGUAUACGAGAAAACUCCGUACAAAGAGUACAUCACCAGUGAUGACGUGUUCAUCAUUGAUAGUGGUGAUCAUUUGUACCAGUGUAACGGGGCUAAGUGUGACAAAAUGGAGAAAUUCUCAGCUGCAGGAUAUCUUCAAGAUCUUGAAGCAAAAAGAAAGGUUCGAAGCACCAUUCUUGAUGAACAAACUGACGGUUUCUCUAGCAUCAUGCAAUAUCUUAAAGAUAGAGAAGGUGGUAAACCGAAGAAGGUGGUACCGAAGCCGCAGAGAGAGUCCAUUAAGCGCAUGUUGGAAAUAUCUGAAGAAGACGGGAAGUGUAAGAUAGACGACGUGGCAGAAGGAGACUCUGUCUGUCUUGGACUGCUCAACCCUGACAACUGCUUCAUUGUGGACGUGGUUAAACACGUCUUUGUGUGGGUAGGCGGCAGAGCCAGUCAGAAGGAAAAGAAGAACGGUCUAGGAUACGCUCACAACUAUCUUAAAGGAAUUGGUUAUCCAGAUGUUCCAAUAAGUGUGCUGAAGCAAGGAAUGGAUCAUCUACUCAUUGAUGCCCUUCAACAAUAACCAACAUAGCAACCAUAGGAAAUUGAGUCACUCUUAUUAUAAUUUCAAGUGUAGAGUUAGAAAGGAAUUAGCUGGCAUUUAAGAAGGAGCUUUGAAAUUUAUCAAGACCGAGGAAAAAUUGUGUAUGUUACAGUUAAUAAACCUAAUAACAAUGACGAAAUAAUCAUAGAAACAUAGGUUUUAGCUCGUAGAGCUCAUUUGUUGUAUAAAUUUGUGUAGUGGACAAAAUUAUCUACAAUUAAUAGUAAAUUAUUUUGAGCAGACGUCAUGAAGUUGCAGUUUUCUGGUUUUCAGUUUUCACGAAUCUAUGAAUUUCAAAGUUUUUUCGUUAACGCUUUCUUGCGCUUUUAGAUGCUUUGAAUAUCAAGGGAUUAUGGUAAUGACAUUAUGUACAUUGUACUAUGUAGUGUGUCACAUUAUUGUAACUUCAUUCAAUUUUAUUUUGAUUGAGAGUAAUAAAGGU